UGUGUAUGGGAGUUUUAAAGAAUUUUCCAUUAUUUGUAAACGAAAGGUUUGACAGUGUUCAAUUACUCUCAAGAAGGACGUUUUGUUUGUUCAGUGCAUAUGGUAGUUAAAGAAAAUAUUAUUUCUCAUCGUUUGAAUCGUAAAUUACUUUUCGAAAGCGUAUACUUUAAUUUCGUUUGAGCUUCGUAACCACAUUUGUGCGUACUGUUUAAUGUUGAAUGACCUUGAUUGAAUUGCGAAUAUUUACAUGUGCCUAAUAAUAAGGGGGGAAAUCUAUUAACCAAUCAUCAGUUGAGAUAUACAUUCUAAAAUGCCGACGAAGAUAUCCUCAGGAUUGUUACUGGCCACAUUCGUUCCAUUGUUUGUGCCUAUUAUUACAUCGGGAUAUGAAAUGACAAUUUUGCAUACGAACGACGUGCACGCUAGAUUUGAACAAUUUAAUAAAUACGGAUCAAAAUGUUCCGAAGGAGAUAUUACGGACGGAAAAUGCUUUGGAGGAGUGGCUAGGAGACACACGAAAAUCCAAGAAAUUCGAAGUAGUCAUGAUAACGUGCUAUUAUUGGAUGCUGGGGACCAGUUUAUGGGGACAACUUGGUUUACCGUUCAUCGUGGCAUGGCGGCGGCUUAUUUCAUGAAACAGCUAGGAUACGAUGCAAUGUGUUUGGGGAACCACGAAUUUGAUAUUGGUGUGGAUGGGCUUGAAAAAUUUCUCGACAACGUCACGUUUCCGGUUGUUAGUGCAAACACUGACGUAACGAAUGAACCACGUCUACAAGGGAAAUUUCUGAAGUCUUGGGACACGACUAUUGGUGGGGAAAAGAUUGGCAUUGUGGGAUAUAUUACGCCGGAAACUGUUCAGAUUUCAAACGGAGGUCCAACAGUUCGUUUUACUGACGUAGUGACUGCAGUUCGAGAGGAAGUGUCCCUGCUACAAAAUCGAGGGAUUAAUAAAAUCAUAGCUCUCGGACACGCCGGGUUUAGUAUGGACAAAAAGGUGGCCGCCAUUGAUGGAAUAGACCUUGUAGUCGGUGGCCAUACAAAUACGUUCCUAUACAACGGCGAGAAACCAGCAGGCGAGGAGAUAGAAGGACCCUACCCUGUUGUUGUUCACCAGCCUGGAGGAGGUAAAGGACUCGUGGUUCAAGCCUACACUAUGGGGAAAUACCUCGGCUACCUGAAACUUACAUUUGACUCCGAUGGCGUUGUAAAGAACUAUUCGGGAAUUCCAAUCCUCUUGGAUAACACAAUGAUAGAAGAUACGCAGAUUUUGCAGUAUGUUGAUGAAUGGAAGAAGCCUGUAGAUGCUCUGAGUGCACAUGUUGUCGGCUACUCUAAUGUUCUUUUAGAUGGAGAAAGGUCAUCGUGUAGACUAAAAGAAUGCAGCUUAGGUAAUCUAGUAACAGAUGCUAUAAUGUACUACCAGUUUAACUACUCCCACCCAGAAUCAAACUGGGCACCGGCAGCUAUAGCCAUUUGGAACGGCGGCGGUAUACGAUCAUCUAUUGACAAAGGUGUUGUUGUCGCGGGUGAAGUGCACAGUGUAUUACCGUUUGGAAAUGAGAUAGACCUUUUGACAGUAUCUGGUAAAAACCUUCGAGAACAGUUAGAAAUUCCAGUCUCGAACUACGAUAGGACGGAACCGCCCGGUGGCUUUCUUCAAAUGUCAGGGCUCCGAGUUGUAUACAAUCUACAGAAGCCGGUUGGACAACGAGUCGUCUCGGUAGAAGCCAGAUGUUUGCAGUGUGAUAUACCAAAAUUCUACCCUUUGAAGGACAGCGAUGAUUAUAAUAUUUUUAUUUCAACGUUUUUGGUCAAUGGCGGGGAUGGGUAUAGAUUUGAACCUUCGAGACGACAGCGUUUCAAUACACUGGAUGUGACAACCCUGAUAGAGUACUUCAAGAAACACAGUCCCGUGUUUGCACAGGUUGAAGGGAGGAUUCGCUUCCAUACAGACACCAUAACUUCAGCUGGCUCUUUACCUAUAUCUACAAUGUCCUUUAUGACUUCAGUUCUUUUUUUUUACUUCGUCUAGCAUCACAAAAUAUAUCCAGAAAUUGUUUAUAAGUGUGCCCACUAACUAUCCAUUUAAUGCAUCCAUUAUAUAAAAGAAAUAUAUAGUAAUUUGUACAAAUCUCUUUAUUUUUGCUUAAGUCGUUUACUGCUAAAUAAUGCUUGUAUAUUAUAAAAGGUUGUUAAACAGAUUUUGUUCUAGUAAUGAAUUUGUUAGAAAAAAUACCAUUUAUCGGUGCUGACUGAGCGCUUGUGCUCCCUGAGCGCUUAACUCUCCUGGUUGCUCAACGAGAUAGAGUUAUUUUAUAGUACGUAUAGAGGUUAUAAACACUAUUUGCUUAAGUAAUGAUAAUAACAUUUGUCAAAGAUUUAUAUUUCACAUUUGUUUGUCCAGCCAAAGUUCAUUAAAAAUGCAAGUUUGUAAAAUUAUUUUUUAUCUUGUUUGCAAAUCAAGACAGUUUUGAACCCCACAGGCAGUUUUAAAACGUUUUGGUUCACAUUGUAAAUGAUGAAAUACCCUGAUUCCGAUCAAAUAGAAACAAAAAAAAAAAGACUACAAACUAUAUUUAAAUAAAAAGAAACAAACAGCUUUCAAAUACAUUAAAAUUAAAGGGGGUUAGUAACAAGAAAAUAUUUUAAAAAACGACGCAUACAUAUCUAACAGGGGUCUACUGAUACAUGUAUGUAGAUUACAUAUUUAUGCCAUAAAUGUACCUCUAAAAGAAUAUGCGAAGAGUGAAAAAUGUCAUAAAAUGGUACUUAAAUGUGACUGGCCAGUUUUAAGACUAACUUACGCAUGUUGCUGUUGUUGUUUAUUGUACAUAAAUAUAAAUGUAGAAUACUGUACAAACAAAAAUGACUAAAAACUGACACAUUAAUAAAAUAUAGUACAUGUAUCUGCAUUUUCUUCGUAUUGUAUGCUCUCGGUCGGUUUCAGUUUCACUUCUUUAUUUAACAGCAUAUUGUUUAUUUCCUUCGUUUUUAUUGGAAGGCUAUUCAAGCCUCAAACAUCUUGAUAAAAGAAAGUAUGUGACAUACAACAAUGUACAUGUGGUAUAUGAAAAUUGCCAGCACUGACUAUUUACUGAAUGAGUGCAAUGUUUAGACCAGUUUAGUUUGUUUGUUUUGGGUUUAAUGCCGUUUUUCAACAGUAUUCCAGUCAUGUAACGGCGGGCAGUUAACCUAACCAGUGUUCCUGGAUUCUGUACCAGUACAAACCGGUUCUCCGCAAGUAACUGCCAACUUCCCCACAUGAAUCAGAGGUAGAGGACUAAUGAUUUCAGACACAAUGUCGUUUAUCAAAUAAUCACAAAGAACAUACGCCCAGCCCGAGGAUCGAACUCACGACCCCGCGAUCCGUAGACCGGUAGACCAACGCUCUACCUACUGAGCUAAGCGGGCGGGUUUAAAGUUAUCAUAUACAUUAGUAGGAUAAUUAUUACUACUAAGUAAAAAAGGUUGUGUCAUGGUUUAGCCUCAGUUGUUUUACCCUGUAUUCAACAUUGAGCCAACCAAGAUUACUGAAAUAUGAAACUUCAGAAGAAGUUAUACAUUCAUAACUACAAUAAAAAUAUGCAACAGAUAUUUAAUUACGUAUCAUUAGUCUAUACUACAGCAAUCAUUCAGAAUUUACUUGUUAUUUACAGAAACUAUUCCAUGUUGGUUUACUUCAUUAUUGAAAUAUUAAAGAUAAUCUAGUAAUGUCUCUUGUAAAUUGCACACAUGUCCACCAUUUAUGUUGUCAUUUCCGGUUUGCAUCGGUUAAUCUCUAUUCAAGGUCAGAUCAAACAAAUUCUUUAUUUAACAUAAAUUUUACGUCUGAACUUCAGUUGUGUAUUUAAUAAUUUUCUGUUUGUAUAUGUUAUAUGAUAAAAUGUAUAUUCUUAUUCAUCAUUACUGUAUUUGCUUAAAUGUUAAUCUCUGUUCUCACCUCAUUUGCAAUAUUUGUGUAAUCAUUUGCUUACCAUAAUGUGCCCUUCUUCAAUAGCUCAUAAAUUUUACUUAGAAAUUUUUCUGCAUUUUCUCGUUCAAGUUUUACUAAAUACUUUUAAUGUACAAACUAAUUGUUUUUCAAAAGCAUAUUGAGAACGAUAUUUUUUCACUUUUUUGUUGUUUUUGGCCCAUUUCGGACAUAGAAAUUUCGGCGAUUUGAAAGUUUGGUCUAACUUCGAUCCAGAUUUUAAUUUGUUAGAUUUUUGGCCUGAUCCCUGUUAAGGCCCAUUAACAAAAAUAAAAGUACAUGAAACCGAAAA